CAGGAAAUGGAUUUUGUUUGUUGAAUCAUCAUAUGUAGCAUUCGACCGUGGUAGAUCAUGGCUGAUACCUAGCAGGACAGCUUCCUUCACGACAUGCACCGCAGGUGCCCGGCCCGACGUGGGUCAGUAAACGGAGUGUGUGUGCUUAAAACCGUUACGGCGAACACGACUGAAUCGCUACUCGUUGUCGUACCACCAUGAGUAGGCGCGAUGGGCAUGGGAUGCCCAUCCCCGCGUCACCUCGGAUUUCCACAACCCCACUCUUUGCACUCCACAGCGACUUCCACGCACGGUCGAAAUGGCAACCCCCGGUGUCUACGAUAACCCCUGGCACACCUCCCCGCCCUCCUCGGACGACGAAGAACCUCACACCUCCGGCCUACCGACAAGAUUUCAGGCGCUAGAGGCCGAGAACCGCCGCUUACGCGCAGACAAGAGAGCGCUCGGACGACGUGUUGCGGCGCUCAUAGAGAGGGUUGCGGCUCAGAGUAGGCAGUGGGAUGAACUGAGAAUGGAGGUGGAGGAGCUGGGAGGGCUGUUGGAGGAUGGGCUGGAGUUGCUUUCGAGUCCACAGCCCUCGGCUUCAAAUAUUUCACCAACAGACCCCAUCAGCCGGCCUGCGGGUAGUGCAUCUCCCGAGCUUCAAACAACGCCCGCGUCUCCCACCACCACGGAAGCAAUGAGUGCGAUCACAAGUGCAAUGAGUAAAUCCCUGGUGACAGUACGAGCUCCCACACCAUCCCCACCCUUAGCUCAUCCCGCGAGCGGGAGCGGGAGCUCGCUGGUUUCGGAUCACCAACCCUCGGCUUCGAGCACCACUACGGCCCUACCCAACAGCCUUGACGGUGUGUCUUAUUUUUUCAAACCGAUAUCCUCCAGCCUCUUCGCCACGACCACGAUUAGCGCUGGAACAGCUACAGAAACACCACCGGCUUCCGCGCCACUAUUAACAGCUUCGACAUGUCAUGUUCCACCGUCACCAACACCACCAGCACCAACACCACCUCCAGCUUCUACGGCUGCUCCCACAUGGCCCAAUACAGCCGUCACUGGUAGCUUAUCCCGCGGGCCGAUCGUUACUAUUCCACCACUCACUUUUCAACCAAAGACCAACAUUAACGCCGGACCGGUAACAGACGUUCUUUUCACUGGCCAUCUUAUGACAGUUUGGGAGGGUGGUAUUGACCAGGAGCAUUUGUACCAUAAUAUAUGUGCUUCCGAAAGACAUCGUGGCAAGUCAAUGGAGGAGUUGAGGUUGGAGGAUUAUGACGCUGGGUGGAGGUAUCCUGAGACCUGGAGGUGGGGGGAGUUCUUCAGAUUUUAGCUUCGUAUGAAACCAGUCAUAGGGGAGAGGCAAAAUAUAUCUACUCUACUCUAGUGAUAGCAUGUUCUAAGCGGACGAGGAAGAGGCACCUAAUGUACUGCUGUAUAUACCUUAUCGAGUGAAGACCUAUGUAGGCACCCAAAACAAAAAGCUUCCAGCUCUCACACCCAU